GCCUAUACGAAGGCAAGAUCCAGUCACAGACUCUAGAAUCAUCUCCCUUGAUUCAUCAUGUCUGCAAGGGUGCUUACAGCCGAGGAGCUUUCCAAAGCUGUUGUUUUUGGCGACUUCAUGGCAGUAUACAAGGUGGAUGAAAAGACUGUGGUUAAGAAGGGCGAGGGCAUCCGAAUGGCCGAAGCACAUGCUAUGCGACUGGUUAGCGAAAAGACGACAGUCCCCGUUCUUGAAGUCUUCAAUGCGUACACCGACCCUGAAAGUGGCCAUGUGCACAUUGUGAUGGAGUUUGUUGAAGGGGAUGUGCUUUCCAAUGUGUGGGACAAGCUAAACAGCGAUCAGCAAAACGAAAUCACUGAACAGUUGCGUGAUUACGUAUCUCAGCUGCGCCAGAUAAAAGGAUCGUUCAUUGGAUCUACAGAUGGCACAGCUUGCGAGGAUCAAUUGUUUACGGACAUACUUGGUGGAUAUGGUCCAUAUGAGAACGAGAAGGCCUUCAAUCAAGGAAUUGUCACCGCAUUUCGCAAUACCUCCCAAGGAGGGUGGAUAGAUCUCGUCUGUGAUAUGGUCUUGUCGCUGAAAGACCAUGAAAUUAUUCUGACCCACGGUGACCUCAGUCCCAGGAAUAUCAUCGUGCAAGGGAGCAAAGUCAAGGCUGUAUUGGAUUGGGAAAUGACUGGUUACUAUCCUGAGUACUGGGAAUACGCGAAGGCGAUGUAUAGGCUAGCAUGGGUAGAGUCCUGGAUCACAGGUCGUAACAUCGAGAAGAUAAUGGACCAAUACUUGUCGGAGUUGGCAAUCCUUCUGAAUGUGAGGACUAUCGUGUGGUAGAGAUAG